AUGCACCGCGUUCUUGCCCGCAACUUUAGCACUGCGCGCCGCGCCGUCGUCGUCGAUGGCGUCCGCCUUCCGUUCCACAAGACGAGCACGGUCUACGAGGACAUGAUGGCGUACGACCUCAUGCGCGAGUCGAUCAAGGGCCUCCUCAACAAGACGGCGCUCAACCCGGCCGACGUGGACUAUGUCAUUUGCGGCACGGUCAUCCAGGAAGUGCGCACGAGCAACAUUGCGCGUGAGCCGCGCUCGGCGCUGGCAUCCCCAAGCACAUCCCCGCGCACACGCCAGGCCAUCUCGCAGGCCGCCGACAAGAUUGUGGCCGGUGGCAUGGAUAUCAUUGUCGCCGGCGGUGUCGAGACGUUCUCGGACGUCCCGAUCCGGUUUGCUCGCCCGUUGCGCAAGCGCAUGAUUGGCGCGGCCAAGGCCAUGAAGGGUGGCCCGGCCGGCAUCCUCAAGCUCCUCAAGGGUUUGAAGGUCGCCGACUUUACGCCCGAGGCGCCUGCCAUCAAGAACUUCCACACGAACGAGGUCAUGGGUAACUCGAGCGACCGCCUCGCCGCGCGCUUUGGUGUCACCCGCCAGGAGAUGGACGAGCUCAGCAUCCAGAGCCACCUGAACGCUGCCAAGGCUCACGCCGACGGCAAGUACGAGGGCGAGAUCAUCCCGUACAAGGGCUCGACGGCCGAGAACGGCAUCAACCCCAACACGUCGAUUGAGAAGCUCACGUCGCUCAAGCCCGCCUUUGUCAAGCCCCACGGCACGCACACGGCCGGUAACUCGUCGUUCUUGACGGACGGCUCGGCCGCGACGCUCAUCAUGUCGGAGACCAAGGCCCUCGAGCUCGGCUACACGCCCAAGUCGAUCAUCCUCGACUCGACCUUUGUCGGCGUCGACCCGUUCGACUCGCUCCUCCUCGGCCCGGCCUACGGUAUCGCCAAGGUCUUGAAGAAGCACAACUUGCAGCUCUCGGACAUUGACCACUUUGAGAUCCACGAGGCGUUUGCUGGCCAGGUCUUGGCCAACUUGAACGCGCUCGCGGACGAAGAGUUCUGCAAGACGGAGUUUGGCUGGCCGGCCGCGGUCGGCAAGGUCGACAAGUCGAAGCUCAACACGUGGGGCGGCUCGCUCGCGCUCGGCCACCCCUUUGGUGCCACGGGCUCGCGCCUCGUCAACACGGCCUCGAACAAGCUCGUCAAGGAAGGCGGCAAGUACGCGAUCCUUGCGGCGUGCGCCGACUCGGGCCUCGCCUACGUCGGUCUUCUCCAGGCCUACGACGGCAAGAAGUAA